AACCCUGCUUUCUUGUCUCCUGUUUUGGUGGGAUCAUCGUAGUAAUACAAUAUUUGCUUUUGAAGGUUCCUCUCUAUCCUGGGCUUCAUCAUCAAUAUCGACACGUUGAUGUUGAUGGUUCCUGUGCUGCUUGAAGGACAGCGAUAUGUCCUGACCUACAGGUUCAGCCAGGACCACUUGGAGCUUCUCUUUAACUCCAUCAGAGCAUCCGGUGGCUGGAAUAACAACCCUAAUGCCAGCCAGUUCAAGUACAUCUUCCGGAAGCUGAUGGCCCGGUGUGGGGUUGUUAAACCAAGCAGCAAAGGUAAUGUGACGGCACAGGAUGACACAGAGUCCCUACCAGCUGUAGCAAUGUCCUCUGCUGCCCAGUCCUACCCCAUCGACACAUCUACAAACCUGUCAGCUGUAGAUAUGUCCUCUGCAGAAGAAGGAGAAGAUCUUCCAUCCCCAUUUGCUGACAUUCCUGCCCUUGUACAUGACCACAGCUACCUUCCCACCCGCUUCGAUGGUCUUGUGGACAACGCUCUUGUGUACAUUUCAGGAUUUGUUGUGCGACGGACUUUCAAGAAGCUGUCCUGUGAUGUCUGCCGUGCCAGCCUGGUGACGGACGCUGCAUCUGCCAGUAAGGACAAGAGCUACCACCUGCUGACUUUAAGAAACAAUGGAGGCCUGGUGAUUCCGUCUGAAGGCACAGUGAGUGUUGUCAGGGCAGCAGUGUGGGUAAUUCGCCAGGCAUCAGCAGAUUCCAGACGAUCACAGCCCAUCAAACUGCUAGAGGUCCUCUACAUUGUGCGGAAGAGGAUAGGUCCAGAGGAUGUGUUUUUGCUCGGGGAGCACAUUGCCGACACACAGUAUGGCAUUGACAGUCACCACCAUACGCUGUUGACAUUAGUUGUGUCCCUGUUUUUUAAGCUAAGGCUGCAUCACAUUGCAAAAACAACUACUCUGAGCUUACAGAGUGGCAGCAUGAGACAGAAGCUCACAAAAACAGUCCUUUUCAAAGGGCAUUAGCUCCAACUGUGUGUGCACAUGUGUUAUGUGCCGUAGUGGGUGCUUGUGUGUCUCCCUCUCUUUCCCCCUGAUGUUUCUUCUUCUUCUUUGUUUAAUGGUGAAUCGCUACCAAUAGGAGCAUAUAUCGCCACCUACUAUGUAUUUAUUAAAUCUUCAUGUUCCAUGAUGGGCCUCACCACCUUCAGUCACAGGUACUGGCUCCUCGAUUGUCCUUACACUCUCUGUCUCUCACCCUAAAACCAGACCCUUUCUUUUUAGACUAAAAUGUCGGGUAUCUCUAGGGUCCGUUUGGUGUUUUUUCUUUUCUGUUGCUUCAGCAUAUGAAACUUUGUAUCUCUCUACCUCCUUUGCCUUUUUCUGCACUUCGCAGCCCUGAUACGCAGCACUAUGUUCCCCACAUAUGUUUAUGUUUGCUCAGUCUGUCUAAUAAACCCAUAAAAUGGUUGUGAAAGAA